GUGAAACAAAACAACAGGGGGUAAUACAGUAAUUUGAAAUACCGGAUUGAAAAGGGUUUUCCCAUUUCUUAAACCCUUUGGCUAGCAGUUCCUCACCAAACUAAACCCUAGUUCCAGCUCUCUUCACUUGUCAUUCUGCUUGCUCGAUCUUCAGAAAGGCAAAUGGCAAAGCGUUUGAUCCCACUUUUCAACCGUGUUUUGAUCGAGAAGAUCACUCCGCCGACGAAAACCACCGCCGGUAUUCUCCUUCCGGAGAAAACCGCCAAGUUGAGCUCUGGAAAAGUUGUUGCUGUUGGUCCUGGCAGCCAUGACAGGGAAGGAAAGCUUAUUGCUGUGAGCGUGAAGGAGGGCGAUACUGUUUUGCUGCCUGAAUAUGGAGGCACUGUAGUAAAGCUUGGUGAAAAAGAGUACCAUAUUUACCGUGAUGAGGACAUCUUGGGAACAUUGCACGACUAGUUUGGUGCAGUUAUCUAUCAUGCCCUAGAAAAAUAUUACUCGAAACUCUGUUUAGUUAUCUAUCAUUCUUAAACUCUACUUUUGUAGCCUAACAAGCCUUCACAUUUUGGUGAUAUUUGGUGGAAUAUUUUGAUGGAAAUCCGACUUAGAUUAUUAUCA